UCACCCCCAUCCAAACAGGCUAAAGAUCUACGGCCGUCGUUAACCUCAAACGGUUUGUUCGACUGAGCGAACUCAGCGAUGAUUCGACGUCUCUGCGCCGCCGUCCACCGUCAACUUCAGGUGGCCUCCAGUCUCGGCCAUCGUCGGACCGCUGCCGCCGCCUCUCGUCCACACCUUCUGGGUUUUGUGAAACCCUCUUCUGUCUCCUCCGUCGGCGCCGUUGAUCCCUCAUCCCUGACCGCCUCCUUGCUCACGAGAUCGUGCGAGAUCUCCGACCAUGCCGCCCUCUCCAUCUCCAAGAAAGUCAAGCUCGACGGCCUUGGCCAAGCGGUCUCGGUGCUAGCCCUCCUCAAGGACUACGGCUUCGACGACGCCCAUCUAGUCCGCCUCGUCGACCGCCUUCCUCGUGUCCUCUCGAUGGACGUCGAGAAGACCUUGAAGCCCAAGCUGGAGUUCUAUUGCGGGAUCAGCCUCGUCGGAACCGCCCUCCAGGAGAUCCUGUCAGCGAGCCCCUGGCUUCUCCUCACGUGCAGUGUAGAGAACCGAUUGCUCCCCAACGCCGAACUCCUCAAAUCGAUUUUGAAAACGAAUGCGAACCUCGUGGGUGCCCUAAAGCAUACGCCUUGGUUGAUCACCUUCGACACCAGAACUGUCGUUCUUCCCAAGGUCGAUGCUCUGCGUGCAUACGGCGUGCCCGAUGAGGUAAUCUUGGUGCUUUUUACCCGCUACAGCUACGCUUUGCUGACAGAUGCAGCUCGAUUCAAUGAUGCCUUUGACGAGAUAAAGAAGAUGGGUAUCUGUCAGAAGAAACCCAUUUUCGCCCAUGCCCUCGGGGCGCUUGCUGGAUUGCCCAAGAAGAAGAGGGAGGAGAAAGUGGAGAACUUGAGGGCAUUGGGGUGGUCGCAAAAUCACAUCUUGGAGGCCUUCGCAAAGCAUCCUCACAUUGUGCUGGCAUCGAUUGAGAAGAUAAGGAAGACUGCCAAGUUUGUGGAAGAGAAGCUGGGAUGGACACCGGAGAACACAGUGAAGAAUCCGAGUCUUCUUUCGAUGAGCCUGGAGAAGAGGAUGAUGCCCAGGUAUGCCGUCCUGAGCAUUCUCAUGCACAAGGGAUUAAUCAAGACUGGCUUCACAGGGAAACAUUUUCUGAUUUCGAGCAACAAGUUCCAAAUGAAUUUUGUGACCAAGUAUCGAGACGAAGCUCCAGAGAUAGUUGAAGCUUAUCAAAGAAGUGAAAUCAGAUAGAUGGCUAGACAAAUCUGCUAACAAGCAAACUCUUCUGUAAGACAAGUGCGUCGUCUUCCCCUACUGGCUCAUCACCCUCAUCAUCAUCAUCCUCUUCAUAGGCACUUCUUCAAGAUCAAUGUUCCGUGGCGUUCAGAUGUGGAAGCAGGAAACUCUCCUCAAGGUUCAGUUUUUUAUGUUUCUCUCAUGAGUUAGAUUCUUCCUCCGUUCUACACUCUGUUUAUCGACAUGGCCACUGCAGAUUGGGAUGAAUCAAAAACAUGGGAUGUUGAUGUCGGCGCCAAAUACGAGCCUAUUCUUCCUCAGCCGGAGAAAACCACAAUUGUGGUCAGUGCCACAGCAACAUUGGUGAUGGUGUUCUCGUCGUCCUUGUCAGUGAUGGAGUUCUACUUCCUGAAGAAAUUCCCCAUCCCUUACGCUCUCUACCUCAUCACCGUCUGUCUUGGCUGGAUUCUGGGGCCAGUUCG